AUGAGGCAGUUAGGAAGUGCAGUUUUAGCAUGUGGAAACUUCAAUACGCCCCUUAAAUCACUUCGUAGCAUAACGUUACCCACCACAUCAUCACUGAAGCGACUGUUGCGCAGAAGUCAGUUGGGUGCCAACUGCUCGACUAACCGCAUGUGUUUUGCGACUACUACAACCGUAAUGAUGUUAAACAAGUUUGGAUUGAAAUCUAGUGGGGAUGAAAGUGCCAGUGACGGAUAUAACGGGAUAUAUCGCAUGGAAAGCGGCUCGAACAAAAGUGGGCAGCAUGCAUUAGAAGGUGUUGAGGAGGAUUUGAAUUCGCUAAAGAGGCGUGUUCAGCAGCGAUACAGCGAUGAAUUACGGUUCCUUUCCCAUGACAGCAACCGCCAACCGAUGGUGAUUGUCCUUGGGAACCACAGCGCGGGAAAGUCUACGAUGAUUAAUCGUUUAUUAGGUAUCGAACUGCAGCGAUCGGGCGUAUCUCCAACGGAUGACGGCUUUACGGUUAUUCAGAGUGGUGAAGACGAUAUAACCGAGGAUGGACCGACUGCUGUAAGUGAUCCACGAUAUAGUUUUCAAGAGUUGCGCAAAUUUGGCAUCCACUUUGUCAACAAGUUCAAGGUAAAGACACGCAAAUUGCCGGCAACGUCUCUAUUACCACCCGGUCUCAUGAUUGUCGACACGCCGGGCAUGAUUGACACUCCUAUUCAUUUGAAUGAUCGGACAUCAGUUGAGGGUCAGCUCAGGGGGUAUGAUCUGUUCGCCGUGACACGUUGGUUUGCUUCACGUUGUGACUUGAUUAUUUUGAUGUUUGACCCCGCUAACCCCGGUACUACAGGUGAAACAUUAGAUGUUCUCACCAAAUCCCUAGCUGGGGUGGAGCAUAAGCUGCUUAUCGUUUUAAACAAAUCAGAUAUGUAUGACAAGGCAGCGGAUUUUGCUCGUGUGUAUGGCGUCCUUUGCUGGAACCUAAGCAAAGUUUUACAAAUGAAGGACAUUCCACACAUAUACACUACCUAUUUUCUUCCCCGUGGUGAUGAAUUUGACGACACGCGGGACGCAGCAGGUUUUGCUGCCUUCAAUAAGAGUUCCUCAACCGAGGAAACGGCUGUUGGAGGGAGGAAAACAGCAUCGGGAUCACCACAAAAGGAGUCAACGUCGAUUAUUGCCCGAGAUGAGCUUCUUCGACAGAGAAGUGAAGUGGUCAGUGAAAUUCUUCAAGCACCACUGCGUCGCUACGACAAUCUUAUCACGGAGUUGGAGGAAGGGGUGAAACGAGUACUUCUUGCCGGUCGUGUUUGCACUGAAAUUGUAUCAACAUACCGGAAGAUGAAGGUUGUCGCCACUUUGGCACCACCUGCGAUUUUUUGCGUCUCCGGACUUCUGCUUGCGGUUGGCGGUUUCACGGAAGUUGCAGCCUUACUUGCCUCCGCUACCGCGAUCGCCGCCGUGUUUGCCGCUUUGAAGACGCGCAAGUCAUUGGUUGACUUUGAAAAUGAUGUGCUGACGAACAUUGACGUCAUAUUUGACCGUUUGUAUGUCAGGCACGAGAAGACAAUGGAUACUCAACUUCGUUGGAAAGAUACUGUGAAACCCGAAAUUUUGGAAUUUUUGAAUUCUUCAUCCGUCGCAGGGCGGCAAAGCAUUGCUUCACUACCAACACUUAGUAAAAAAUCACAGGACAGCAUUAUAUCGAUUCUCAAGAACGACAUUCCUCAGUUGAGGGUUCGUGUUGCCAACUACAAGGUGAAAAAUUUUCUGCGAGCUGGUGAACGGCAACCGCUGGGUAAUGAGGUGAGGGUCAAAUAA